AUGGCGACGGCAACAUGCGAGAUCUACCGCAAAGUUUUAGGAAGCGAUUUGUCCCAACGCGUGGGAAAUUCAAAAGUUUUGAUGGUUGGGGCAGGUGGUAUCGGCUGUGAACUUUUAAAAAAUUUGGUUCUAACUGGUUUUAAGGACAUCGAAGUGAUUGAUCUAGAUACCAUUGAUGUUAGUAACUUGAAUCGCCAGUUCUUGUUUCAAAAGAGACAUGUUGGAAAAUCCAAGGCACAGGUGUCCCGUGAGAGUGCUCUUCAAUUCAAUCCUGAUGCAAACAUCAAAGCUCAUCAUGAUAACAUAAUGAGCCCUGACUAUGGCUUAGACUACUUCAAGCAAUUUGAUGUGGUGAUGAAUGCUCUGGACAACAAAGCGGCUAGGAACCAUGUGAACAGAAUGUGUCUGGCAGCGGAUGUUCCUCUGGUAGAAAGUGGCACUGCUGGGUAUCUAGGACAGGCUACUGUUAUUAAAAAGGGGGUAACUGAAUGUUAUGAGUGCCAACCAAAACCUACACAGAAGACAUUUCCAGGUUGCACAAUCAGAAAUACUCCUUCAGAACCAAUCCACUGUAUUGUGUGGGCGAAACAUCUUUUUAACCAGCUCUUUGGUGAGGCUGAUGCAGAUGAAGAGGUAUCUCCUGACACUGAGGAUCCAGAAGCCGUGGGUACAGCAGGAGAGAAGGCAGUCCAAAAUCAGGAGAAGGAGCGUGGGUCUGGAGGUAUAGAGAGAGCAUCUACAAGAACAUGGGCUGAGGAGAUUGGAUAUGAUCCUGAGAAGUUGUUUAACAAAUUGUUCAAUGAGGAUAUCAAAUACCUUUUAUCAAUGGAUAAGUUGUGGAAAAAGAGAAAACCUCCUGUACCUGUUGACUUUGAAAGUAUCAGAAAAGGAUGCGACACUAAUGAAAAGGAUGCGGAUAAUGGUUUACAAGAUCAAAGAGUGUGGAGUCCUGAUGAGUGUGCAGAAGUCUUCAGUCAAAGUGUUGAUACAUUAAAGAAGCAGUUAUUGACCCGAGGAGAAGACCUUGUGUGGGAUAAGGAUGAUCCUGCCUCCAUGGACUUUGUUACAAGCGCAGCAAAUAUCAGAGCACACAUCUUUAGUAUUCCCAUGAAAAGCCGCUUUGACGUGAAAGCUAUGGCGGGCAACAUUAUACCAGCCAUUGCCACAACAAAUGCUAUAAUAUCUGGCCUCAUUGUUAUGCAAGCUCUAAACAUCCUCAGUGGAAAGCUGGACAAAUGUAAAACGAUCUACCUGAAUCGUCAGCCGAAUCCAAGGAAAAAAUUACUAGUUCCUUGCAACCUUGUUCCACCAAAUCCUAAGUGUUACGUUUGUGCCGCUAAACCAGAGGUGACUGUCUUCUUAAACACCGAAACUCUUACAAUCAAGGCGUUAGAGGAGAAAAUGCUAAAGGAGAGAUUUGGUAUGGUAGCACCUGAUGUCGAGAUUGAGGAUGGAAAAGGUAGCAUAUUAAUAUCCAGUGAAGAGGGUGAAACUGAUGAAAAUUUACCGAAGACGUUAAGGGAAUUCCAUGUGGGCAAUAGUGCCAGGUUAAAGGCGGACGAUUUCCUUCAGAAUUACCAGCUUAUUCUUAACGUUGUGCAUAGAGAUGAUUUAGAAGACGGUGUUGAAUUUGAAGUAGAAGGUGAUUUACCCGAACCCAAACCAGAUGGUCCUGAACCGGCUGCGUCUACAGCGUUAGAAGAAAGAGAGAACCAACCUGUAGCGGGCGACACAGAGGAAGUGAUGGUUGUGGAUGAACCAGCUCCCUCGCGGAAGAGGAAAGCCGACGAGUCAGAAUUACAGACUAGAGAGCAGCAAGACUUAAAGAGUUCAAAGCGAGCACGAGUGUCUAAUGUGCCAGCGGAUGAGGAUGACGACGACAUUAUUGUUCUUUGAGCCGUAAAGACAAGUUCUUCUGAAGUUGUCCUUACGGAGUCGAAGAAGUUUACCUCAAGAUAUUUUGUAUCAUCUGUGGCGCCGCCCAGGAUUAUCUUCAACUUGAAAGAGAGUGAAAAGUAUAAGGGAAAUUUAAGCUCGGCGCUUACGGCGAACGGCAAAAAUUAAAAUCUUGCCGUCGUCUUUGAUCCGUUUGUGCGCUAAAAAGAAAAUAUUUUCCGUAACUUUGAACAGGAUGUUUUUUCGCUAUUUUUCUUAAGGGUUUAUUGAAGAGUUAUGGGAAAAGUGAGUGUAAUUUGGCUUCGUUUUUGCCGUCGUCGUGAACGUCUUACACAAAUCCAAAGUACGUUUGUUUAGAUGCAGAAGAAUCAAAGAGGGAAUACUGGGUUAAGGAGGAACAGGGAUACCUCUAAGGCUAUCGGCUGUACGUGAAUAAAGAUUGACCUCCGAAGCAAAUUUUGAAUAUCCGACGUAUAGCGCGUUUGCCCUACGUCGUUUGGCUCCGAUUCUAAGCGCUAGCGCUAGACACGGAAGAGUGGUUCAAAAUUCGCUAUGGCAGUUGACCUAGUACCUUAAUCAACUUUUAUUUGAAAACCAACCCAAGACUGGUUUUCUCUAACGUAGGAAUCGGAGUCCGUGUCCAUAUCAGAAGUGCAAAGUGAUAAGAUUCGACGAAAAUCAAACUGACGGAACCAGAAGCAGAGUAUAAAUGCUGUUUGUGACUGACUGUUGGGGUGUAUAACCUGGGAAAAACAUAUUGCUGGAAUCGUCAGUCAUCAGAUGGCCUGAGAAAUUGCAUUCUCAUUUAGAGUCACUGGUUGCUUAUUCUGCUUCUGAUUGAGACUCUGACAAUCUAGUUUUCCCUACAUCAAAAGCGUCGGAGUGUUAUGCGUAAUCGGAAGAAAAAGCUUUCGUUUUGAUUCCUCCAACUUUGACACUGUUAAGCUUCUGACUCAGUUUACAAAACCGAUUUUCAAUUCUUGUUGCGACUCUGUCGCUUAUGAAAAAUUGCUUUUCUUGCUUGUCGGCGCCUCUCAGCUGUCUUUAGAAAAUUACUUCGAUUGGACAUCAGCCGAAUGGACAUCAGUUUCAAAAGUUUCGUAUUAGGAAUUUUAAUGCGACAGCUACAGUCAAGCAUCUCACUGAAAUAAGUUUUAGUAAACGUAAGAUUUUCACUGUUCUUACUUUGUAUAGUGCAUAUUGAAAAGGUUGAAUAGUUUCUCUCAGCCAGUGAAAGAAGUAUUGUUCCGUUUAAGAUUCACAUAGAUAGUAUUAAAAUUGUUAAUUAGACUUGCUUGUCAGAAAUAAAUUUUAAUAGUUUUAUUGUUA